ACAGACCAAACACCAUUCUUUUUGGUUAUGAGGAGUUUGUCAAACGUGUGUGUAGGAUUUCGUUUUUGAGAUUUUACAUACUUCUCCAUUGUGGAAUAAUUUUUUUAUCGUUCUUAAAGUGUAAAACAAAAACUUCAACAUGGGUCGGAUGCACACACCCGGAAAAGGUAUUUCCAAGUCGGCUCUUCCAUACCGCCGCAGCGUAGCCACCUGGCUGAAAUCGUCGUCCGAGGAUGUCAAGGACCACAUUUUCAAAUUGGCCAAGAAGGGUUUGACACCAUCUAAAAUUGGUGUUAUUUUGCGAGAUUCCCACGGUGUCGCUCAAGUAAGAUUUGUGACUGGAAACAAAAUUCUUAGAAUCAUGAAAGCUAUGGGUUUGGCUCCAGGUCUCCCUGAAGAUUUGUACCAUUUGAUCAAGAAAGCCGUAGCAAUCAGAAAACAUUUGGAAAGGAACAGGAAAGACAGAGAUUCCAAAUUCCGUUUGAUUUUGGUUGAAUCACGUAUUCAUCGUUUGGCAAGGUACUACAAACGCAAAUCAAAGAUCGCCCCCAACUGGAGAUACGAGUCCAGUACUGCUUCCGCUUUGGUUGCUUAAGUAAACUGUUAUUUGUACGGACAUUUGAAAAAAUACAAUUUACAAUUUAAGUUCA